GGUCCUGUAAGUGAUGGGAGCGAGCACCGCGCGAGAACAAACGAGGAACAAAACAGCACCUCCCUUUCGGAGGGUCCCCAACUGCACACCACCCCACCGAGCUGCUGGCUGACUGUGCUCGCCGCGCUUGUCCAUCACAGGACCACGCGUGACUGUGACCUGGUAAUCGGCACGCAGCCUGCCCUGGAUCUCGAGUCUCGUCGGCAUCAUGGACAGCGAGGCAGCAGCAUGGCCUGCCUCGCGGCCGCGAGCCACCGCGAUGGGUCCGCCCUUUUCGUCCCUCUCCGCCACUCGCAGGCAGCCAGCAGCGCAUGCUCACACAGGCAAGCAGCCACACCAAUGGAAGCCAUUCAGACCCGCCGCACCGACGCUCGGGCCUAACACGGACUUCUUCUUCGAGGACGACAGAGAUGCGAGCGGCGAUGCGCAGGGGUUUGGAGACGCGAGUGCCGAGCAGGCAGCAGCCUCGAGCUGCUCAAGUUCCACUCCUUCACGCUCUGCCCGUCGCACAUCGAAUCGGUGGGACUCUCAUGCGCCGGCUGCAGCGGAUGCAUUUGCCUCCAGCCUCAGGCGCGCAGAUGCCUCUUCUCCGCGGUCGAAUCCCUCGACGGGGUCCUCCACUCCCCAGACGAGUCCGCAGCGCUCUUCGUCAGCUGGCUGGAACGCAGCUGUUACUAGCAGUGGUGGCACCGCCGGCUCAACUUUUCUCGAAAUCACCAAACCAACGCGGGCGCCUUCUUUUUCCACCGCCACCAACACCUCACCUACUUCAUCACCCAUCGCCUCGCCCGAUCAAAGUCUCUCCUCCUCGGCCUCGUCGCCGCAGCUUCCCGUGCGCGGGCGACAACCGCAUGCGUCGCAUCGGCUGCUUCCCUCGGACGAGGAUCUGGCGCUGAGGGCCGAGCUCGCAAGAUGGCAGGCGAGGCGCAAGGCACACGGCAUAGGUUAUCGCAUCUUUGGCCAGCAGAUCCCUCUGCCGAAUGCGAUCGGGGCUGCCACACCCGUCAGCAGGCGGGGCAGCUUUGCAGCUGCCACUAGCAGUACCCCCUCUCCAACACUCAAGAGCACUACCGCUUCUGCUUCCCAGUCCGCCACUGCUUCAGAUGUGAGCAGCACCACAUACGCCUGCGCUUCCUCCCGCAAGGUCCGUGAGAGGCGAAGCAAGAGCCACGGCAGCGACAACUCGAUUUCUCACCCCUUCUCGGCGCGCAGGAGUACCCGCGGCCGUGUCACCGCGUGGGGAGCUGUCGAGCAUGCGGAUCUGACCACGCUGACUCCGCGCAGCGGCAGCCUAAAUGCACUCAUUGCCGAUGCAGAGGUGGCCGGCGAUGACCGUGCUGUCGUCCAGCGAGGCCGCUGGCGGCGAGGCAGCAGCGAGCGUGUGCGAGCGGACAGGGGCGGAACCAGCUUGGAACAUGCCCAGCGCACCUCCCUGCGCGCCAGCCCGCGUGCCCCAGACGACUUUUACGACGUGGGGCCUGCUUUCCGGCAAGGUGACUGCAAGCUUUCCGCUUACAGCGCCAGCAGUGACGACGACGAAGAACGAGUUGAGCGGGAAGGAACUAUCGACGAUGAUUCACUUUUCAGGAGCGACGGCGAACGAGACGCCGCUGAGAAACGCGAGCUCGCAGACGACUCGGCAACGCGCUCCUACUCUACUGUUACCACAUCCACGUCCGUCGCUGCCUCUGGCUCGCUGCUCUCCAGCUUACCGCGCUCUGGCUGCGGCGGCGACGGCUCUCUGUCGCCGCCGCGCAAGAGCAUCGGCGCCACACUGCGCGGCUUGGCAAAUGUGUCUGCCGCAGUCAUGACACGCAGCAUUUCCAGCACGUCCUCCACCGACCUGAACCAAGAAGCAGCGCAUCACACUCCCGCCCACGGCAGGCCCUCGCGCAGUCGCUCGCUCAAGAGCUCGCGCUCGCGGAACUCCAAGGUGGCAGCCGCCAAAGGCGCCGGAGCUCGUGACGCCGAGGAGCUGCGGCGCUCGUUCCGUAUUCUCGAGCGCCAGCGCCGCAAAGAUCUGCGAGUGCUUUUGGAUGAACCAAGCUCGCCCUCGCCGCUGUCUCCCCAGCAACUCCCAUCAGAGGCACCUGCUGGAACGGCACUCGCUCAGGACCUGCCUCUUGUGGCGUCUCGAAGCACGUCUGUUGCGGCUGAGGGUGAUGGAUCGCCGCAGCCCGUGGGCCUGGGAUUGGGCUUGGACCUAGGCACUGACGCUCGCUCCUUGCUGUCUCUUCCGAGUCAGCCCAGCUUACGGCGCGAGUCGAUGUCCAUCCCCGUCGACGAGGCUGAAGAUCCAUUACUAGGUGGGCAGGUCGGCAGCAUCGAAGACCUCGUUGUGGUCGAAUCGCCCCAGUUCAUUCAGAGUAAUCAGUCGUCGGCGUCUUCCACCCCGCGAGGGACGUCACCCUCCAAGCGCCCGAUUGCUAGCGAAACCUCGACUUCCGCAUCAGCCACAGACCGCAGGACCGGCUUUGCUUCAUUGUAUGCCAUGCGCCUCUCUUCGCUGCAGAGCCAACUGCGUGUCUGGUCCCUGUCCUCCUCGGCGAGCUCAACGAAUAGGGUUUCAGCUUUUACGGACAGUGCAGCCGCAUCUAUGCUGCACGAUCAGGCACCAACGCCCUCGUCCAGCCUGAUUAGCGCCGGACUGCGCCAGCUCGCUCGGCUGCCGAACCUGCUGCUCAACGUAUCUGCAUUCGAAGCUCAAACAGCGAGCACUUUAGGAGACCAAACGGCAGGGCGAUCGUCUUCUUUAUCCAAGGAGAACAAAGAUGCCGCGCUGCAAGCCACCGAUACCCAGUCUUUGUCCAUGUCGAACCGGCCUUCGCACUCUCCUUUACCCGCAGCUGCAAGCGGCAGCAUAUCCGACAGCAGCAAGUGCCUCCGAAAUGCUGCCAUCCGUGGCCGGCGUUCCUAUAGUGUCGGAAGCGCGGAUGGGCGUGGCGUCAUGACGCCGCUCGAGGCUGACAUUGCUGCGUCUGCGUACGUCUCUGGCCUCGGCGAGCCCAGCGACCCGGACGUGGAGCUUUCAUCGGUUGUACACUUGGAGACUUUCCGUAGCUCGUAUACCAGCAACUGCAGCAACACUUCCCUUCUGACUAUGUCUCUCCAUUCAGCAGUAGGAAAUACCACAUCACACUGCACUGACGAUGAGCUCUCGCCGAUAUCCGGCCUGCUGGAUGAGCAGGAGAUCCCGAGCAUGCGCGGUGGCCGCAAGCUCUCGCCACCAUCUUCUCGGCAGUGUGCCGUCGGGCUGUUUGGAGGAGGCCGUGCAUCACACUCUUCGCGGCGUACCGGAGCAAACACGCGCAAUACUGCGAGGGCGCACCCCAUCGCUGGGCUCAAGUCAGUGCACAGCUCGCCUGAUCUCUCAUACCUGGCAUGGACAGCAGCGAGGUUGGAACGAGACGCAGCUGAACACACCGGCCUUGUUGCACGGAACGGCCAUUUGUCGGACGGAGAAGGCGCGCCCCGACUGACGGAGCGGAAGCAGGGAUGUCCUCGGCCGCGAGGACGCGAAGGCGCGGUGAAGAUGGUCAGCGCUGCCAUCGACCCUUAUCUAUACUCUGGCGCCCAGCCCAACCAGAACGACCUGAAGUGGACUCAAGCCGCGCGGGGGGAUGAGAGCGCCGCGUCAGCGCAAUCGUUGGCUGAAUCGACCGCGCCGUUGACAACUUGCGUUAGCACCCCGGCAUCCUCGCCAUUUACUUCCGCGCCCAUGAUCAUGCGCCCGACGAGGCUGCUAUCCAAUGGCUCGCAUCUGCUGAUGCUGUCAUUGGAGCUGGAGAUGAUUCGCAAGCACAAGAUUAGCGCGCCUCUAAAGCCGAGAUGGGGCAAGCAGCGACUUCGAGAGAUCUCUCAGCAGACCAGCAGCAACAGACACGCUUUGCGCGUCGGAGCUGGACAGUCCUCUGGCAGUGCUCUCAAGUUUGAAAUGACUUGCUGAAAACAAGUCACGUGUACUUUAC